AUGUCUGAUGAAAUUAUUUGGCAAGUGAUAAAUCAACAAUUUUGUUCCUACAAAUUGAAGACUGAUAAAGGUCAAAAUUUCUGUAGAAAUGAAUAUAACGUUACUGGUUUAUGUAAUAGACAAUCUUGUCCAUUGGCAAAUGCUAAAUAUGCAACUGUCAAAAAUGUUGAUGGCAGAUUAUAUCUAUAUAUGAAAACAGCUGAAAGAGCUCAUACUCCUGCAAAACUUUGGCAACGUAUUAAAUUGUCCAAGAAUUAUAGCAAGGCAUUGAAACAAAUUGACGAACAUUUAUUAUAUUGGAAUAAAUUUUUAAUCCACAAGAAUAAGCAAAGAUUAACCAAAUUGACACAGGUAGCAAUUACUGAAAGACGUUUGGCUUUACGAGAAGAUGAAAGACAUUAUGUUGGUAUAGCUCCAAAGGUAAAGAGAAGAGAAGAAAAUAGAGAAAGAAAGGCACUUGUAGCUGCAAAAAUUGAAAAAGCCAUUGAAAAGGAACUGUUGGAUAGAUUAAAGAGUGGUGCAUAUGGUGAUAAACCAUUGAAUGUCGAUGAAAAGAUCUGGAAAAAGGUAAUGGGUAAAAUGGAAGAAGAAGUAGAAGAAGAAGAAGAUAUGGAAGAAGAAGAAGAAAGCGAUGAAGGUGAAAUUGAAUAUGUUGAAGAUGAAGGUGAUGAAGAAUUAAUCGAUGUUGAAGAUAUAGAAAAAUGGUUGGGUGAUUCUGAUUCAUACUCUUCAGAUGAAUCAAGUGAAGAUUCUAGUGACGAAGAUUCUAACGAUGACGAAUCUACCAAGAAGAAACAAACUCCAAAGAGAAAGCGUCCAAGAGUUGAAAUCGAAUAUGAAGAAGAACAAAAUACACCUGCCCAACAAGAACUUGCCUAA